CGCAUGUUGCACCAGUGGCGAUCCGUACUUCUCUUGUUGGGGGCGUCUACACACACACACACACAGCCUGUAUCGCCUCGGGUUCCAAACCCAAAAGACUCUGCAAUGAGGAAAUACGAAUAGCUACAAACCCUUCUAGCAGCCUGCGAAAUAGGCAGUGGGAGCAGCAACUUGGGCGAAGGGGGAGAAGCACUGAGAGACGAUUUCUGAUCAACACAUUUUAUUUUCCGCGCAACUCAGAAGAUGCCACAUAAUAAAAAGAAAAAGCACAGUCGACACGGAAAGCCGAAAGGGGCUGCACAGGCGGCAAAGGCGGCACAGGCUGCCCCGGCGGGCGUGGCGGCGUCAGAAGGUCCAGCCCCGGACGGAGGAGCUGAGGGGGUAGAGGUCGGCCCACAUUCUCCCACAGCUGCGCCUGAAGCCACGUCUCAACAAAAACAGCCCACUUCCGCCCCAGUGGGGCUGGCUUCCACUGGGAAGCCUGCUGAAUUUGAGAAAGCGGCCACGUCCCCUGCAGCUGCGGCUGCUAAGCCAGCUGCAACGACUGCUGCAGCUGGAGCAGCCGCUGCAGCUACUGCAGCAGUGAAGCAGGUGACCCCAGGGGCAGCGACAGCUCCGAAAGAAAGUCCCAAGCCGGCAAAGGCACCUGCCUCUCCUUCUAAAGCCAAGCCGUUUAACGCUGCAGCUGGAGCUGCAGUCCAGCCCACAAGCCCCAAGGAGACCCCGAAAGAAUCCCCGAAGACCACACCCAUCGCUUCAAGCAAAGGGGAGCCUGCUAAAACGGAGCCUGCGAAGCUUGCAGUCGGAGCAGACAAAGCAGCCAAACCGGCUGACAACCAGGGAAAACCGCAGGAUGUGAAGCCAAAAGAGUCACCCAAGAGCUCACCCAUCUCACCGACCAAAGGGAAGCCUGUGAAAGGUGAGCCUGCCGCUGCAGCUGAAGCUGCGGCCAAAAAGGGAAAACCAGAGGAAGUGACUCCUAAAGAGACGGCAAAGACCAAGCCCAGUUCUCUGAGCAAAGUGGAGCCGUCAAAGCCUGUAGCUGGAGCAGCUGACGUCUUGAAGGGGAAACCAAAGCCAGGGAAGCCUCAAGAGGGGUCCAAGAUCCAGGUGGAGGUGGUACCCAUUCCUGUCACAAAAUCAGCCGAUAAGCCUGUUGUGGACCCCUUUGACGCUCUUGCUGACAGCUUGCCCUCCGAGGCCCCGGCCCCCACAGCACCAGUUUACACAGGCCCCGAGGUCACGGAGCAUGGUGUCACGAGUGAAAAGGGAAUUCUGUGUGGGGAGGACGAGAGAACAUUACCACCAGGAUACAGAUUUGAAGACAUGGGUAAGAAUAUCCCAGACCUACCGGAAGUCAAGCCCACGAAACCCUUGAGCACAGACGAGGCUCUGGACUCUCUCUCUCUCGGGUUUGAGAGCUCUCCGCCUCCCAGCACCCAGAAGAAGGAGCCGAAGGUGGAGGACGUGUCCGCGAUCGACGCCCUGUCCGCUGGGUUCUCCAACUUCGCCCCGCCUCCACCCUCCACACAGAAGGAAAUCCAAAGAGAGAAAGAAACAAACAAAGGAUAUCUAAAGAGGGUCAGGGGAGCCAUGGUGGAUUCUGAAGAGAAAGUAGAGGAAAAGGUCACUGCAAGUGCUUCAUCAGCAGGACCAUUGAAGUCAGCAGCGCCACCUGCUGACAAGAAAGCCAAGUUAGAGAAGGGUUGUGAGGACUUCUCUCUGAAGGGGGCUGUGGAGUCCCCCAAAGCCCCUGCGAACAAGAAGCCUGCAACGGAUGAGUCCAUGUCUCUGGACGCUCUGAGUGCUCUAGGGGACCUGCUGCCAGACGCCGAACCCGUACCGGAGCCCCCCAAAAUCCGCCCCGAGGACAUGGUCAAGGUGGAUGAGUUGAAGUCGGAGGAGGCCGUGAGAGUUGGAGAGAGGGAGGACACCCUUCCUCCAGACUACAGGUUCAAAGAGGAGGACCGGAAACAUCUGCCCCCUCCCAAAAUUGAGCCCUCUCUGGAUGCAGGGGAAGCUCUGGACAUCCUGGCUGGAGGUUUUGAUGCCCCUGCAGUCGCCCCCACUGUGCAGGCCCCAUUACCCCCCUCCACAAAGGCCCCCAAACAGCCCUCUAAGGGUACAGCAGAUCAUGUUGCCCCCCCUACUGGAAAGGUAUCCACAUGUCAUGCUGCUCCUCCGGGAGUUAAGAUGCCCCCCGUAGAACCCGUCAAGAAGCCUAAAGUGGACGACGUGGAUUUUGUGCCCCGCCCCACAAAAGCCUCUGCUGUCCAGGCCCCAGUGCCCCCACCUACCCAGUCCCAAAAUAAGCCUAAAGUGGACGACGUGGAUUUUGUGCCCCGCCCCACAAAAGCCUCUGCUGUCCAGGCCUCAGUGCCCCCACCUACCCAGUCCAAAAAUAAGAAAGCCCCUCCCACUGUGGCUGCUGGCCCCGCCCCCGCAGCGCCCACAGCAGCUAAUACGGAUGAGUCCAUGUCUCUGGACGCUCUGAGUGCUCUAGGGGACCUGCUGCCAGACGCCGAACCCGUACCGGAGCCCCCCAAAAUCCGCCCCGAGGACAUGGUCAAGGUGGAUAAGUUGACGUCGGAGGAGGCCGUGAGAGUUGGAGAGAGGGAGGACACCCUUCCUCCAGACUACAGGUUCAAAGAGGAGGACCGGAAACAUCUGCCCCCUCCCAAAAUUGAGCCCUCUCUGGAUGCAGGGGAAGCUCUGGACAUCCUGGCUGGAGGUUUUGAUGCCCCUGCAGUCGCCCCCACUGUGCAGGCCCCACUACCCCCCUCCACAAAGGCCCCCAAACAGCCCUCUAAGGGUACAGCAGAGCAUGUUGCCCCCCCCUCUGGAAAGGUAUCCACAUGUUAUGCUGCUCCUCCGGGGGUUAAGAUGCCCCCCGUACAACCCGUCAAGAAGCCUGUCUCUCAGCCUGACUCUGACUUUUCCCUGGACGCACUGGUGGAUGAUGUCGUCGCCCCUACAACCGCCUCCGCUGUCCAAGGCGCUCCUCAGUUGUCAGAUGCUUCAGAUGCUAUGGAUGCCCUUUCAGACACCCUGAAGGACAUCGCCCCUGCUCCAGCACCUGCCCCCGUCCCUGUCAAAGAUGUUGUCAAGGAGAAGAAAGUAGUGGAAGAGAAAGUCAUAAAGAUGGGCGAGAGAGACGACACCCUCCCACCCGGAUUUCAGCUCACGGAGAAGGAGCGCAAGGAAAUGGAGAAGGAGAAGGCCAAGUCCAAGGCAGACGUUAGACCCAAAAAGAAGUCCAUUGACGAUGAUGCGGCCCUUGAUCUUCUGUCUGGUGACUUCUCAACACCGGCUGCUCCAGCUGCUCCGGCUGCUGUGGCUGCGUCAGCUGCUCCAAAGACGCAGUCGGCUGCCUGCCCUGCAGAGACUAUGCCCGGCGAGAAGGGCCCUGUCCUGGAUGCCUUGUCGAGCACCCUGCUGCCGGACACCCCAGGGUUCAGACCCAAGCAGAGUCCUGUUGGGGAAAAACCCAAACAAAGUCCUGUGGGGGACAAACCCAAACAGAGUCCUGUGGGGGACAAACCCAAGGCCAAGAGUGGGAAAUCAAAGUCUAGAUCAAAGAAGCAGGCGGUGGCAGACACGUCGGCCGUUGACGAGCUGUCUGGGCAGCUGGGGUCCGACGUGGUGUCCACCUCCCCAGCCAAGAAGAGCAGUAAAAGCUAGAUCUGUAAGGUUUCAAGUGCCAAAUACCUUCCCUACCACCUGGAUGGAGAGCAGAGGUCACUAUGGCGAACUCCUCUGAAAAAAACUGUUCUUUUUUAUUUUUGAAGAGUGAAACAUAUAGAAGAUAAAGACAAAAAACACACUCACGCUCUACGAGACACGCAUUUUCCUGCUUGAUUUUGUGCAUGACGGAUGGCUUCGGGUUUUUUUUUUUUGUCCCCCCCCCCUCCCCCCUCCAAGGCUUCUGCAGUUUUUGCGCGAGCAAUUUGACUUUCUUUUCAUGGGUCCUGUGGGGAAUUAUGUGUGUAAUGUCCAUCUGAAAACUUACUUGUCCUUAGCCUGUGCGGGAAAAGGGUGGGAGCCGUCGCCAGCGACCAGACGAAUGUCCUUUGAUCUGUCCGCACAUCGCUCUUUUGACGUUUCUGUCGCGUUUCAGAAGCGUUGCACUAACGUUGUGCGGAAGCUGGCCGCGCGACAUUGCGGCGGUGGGGGUGAAGGUAACAAGUUUACUCGUAGAGAUUGGGACUGUUUUUUCAGUCUGGAAUCACGAAGAGAAGAAACUGUCAGGUGUUUUAGGGUGUCCUGGUCCAGGUGGCGAAAUUCUGUACAGAAUUCACCGAUCUUCGUAUGUGAUCGGUUGUUGAUUUAUAUUGGGCAAAGGGAAAGAAAUUCAGAUGAAAGCCGUUCAGAUCGCAUGAAGAUCGAUGAAGCACGACUCCCUGAAACACACUCGACGGUUGGCCUCUAUGAACUUCCUACUAUGCACAUAAAGACACUAGUGUACAGCACCAUGUGUACAGGUAAUAAAUGCGUUUAGUUUAUCUUGUCA